UCCGGGACGCACGUCACUUAAGGGAUACAAUUCAUCGGAUAGUAUCUUAAUUUCAUCAGCUGGAUUGAGAUAAUAUUCCCAAGUGGCUGUGUUUAUUUUUGUGACAAAGUUUAAAUGUAACUUUUCAUGGGGUCUGUCCGAGGUGUGGUCCGGGAGACCCCGGGGGGUGCGUGUAUGUUGUGGCUGUUUAUCCUGGUAACGAUGACAAACGAGUGCCGUGGUUAUGUGGAUACUGAUGAGUUUGUAAACGAUUUGGACCGACCAAUUCCAACUGCGCAUGUUGCGGGAGUUUUGGGGAAAAAAGGUUCUCUACCUUGCGACACCCAGCCGCUCUCGGCGGAUGAUAGAAUUGCUAUGGUGCUGUGGUUCAAGGAAGCUGACUGGGAACCAUUUUACAGUUACGAUGUUCGUGGACGUAGUGUCAACCAGCCCAAGCUCUGGUCGUCUCCAACGGGUUUCGGUUCACGAGCUUACUUCCGAGCCACAGCGACCCCGGCCAUUCUUCUUGUAGAUAAUGUCGGUACUGCUGACAGUGGAGUGUACCGAUGUCGAGUGGACUUCAAAAACUCACCGACUAGAAAUUUGAGAAUUAAUUUCACGGUUAUUACUCCUCCGAAUCGGCCAAUUAUAAUGGAUGCAAGGACAAGGGACCACACUAGGCUUUUGGAACCCUAUAACGAGGGAGACACAUUGGAGUUGUUAUGUGAAGUUUAUGGAGGUGAUCCAAAGCCAUCUUUGAUAUGGUAUUUAGAAAACACAAUAAUUGAUGAAUCGUUUGAACAAAAAUCUGACGGAAAAACGAUAAAUACUCUUACUUUUCCAAGUAUUGGUCGGCAACAUCUCAACUCGAGACUUAUUUGCCAAGCGUCGAACACAAACCUGACUCCUCCGCAAUCGAAACUACUUAUAUUGGAUAUAAAUCUAAGACCAUUGACAGUGCAGAUUCUCAAUAAAAACCGACACCUCUCAGCUGAUAGGAGUUACGAGGUGGAGUGUAGAACGAUUGGUUCCCGUCCAGAGGCUCAAAUAACUUGGUGGAAAGAAAAGAAGCCAAUGAGAGGCAAGGCCAGAAAUUAUUCCGAUACGAACACAACUACAAGUGUUCUAGUAUUUACACCUGAAGCAGAACAUCAUGAUAGUCAGCUAACAUGUCGGGCUGAAAAUACGAGACUUGAAAAUUCAGCCAUAGAGGAUACAUGGAAGUUAAAUGUACAUUAUGUUCCUGUUAUCACUCUGAAAAUGGGAUCUAAUCUAAACCCUAGAUAUAUAAAAGAAGGUGACGACAUCUACUUUGAAUGCAGCGUUCAAUCAAAUCCCAAAGUAACGAAAUUAUCUUGGUUCAAAGAUCAGUCUCUCAAAAUCCAGCAAAAUCCUAGUUCGGGUAUAAUUUUAAGCGACCAAAGUCUCGUCCUGCAGCGCGUCAAUCGUAACGCAUCUGGUGACUACAUCUGCUCCGCACAGAACAGUGAAGGCAGUGCAUCAAGUAAUCCUGUUUCUUUGCAAGUUAGAUAUAGCCCAGUUUGCAAGUCAGACGAGGAACAAGUGUUUGGAGCGUCGGUACUCGAGCCGAUCGAGUUAUCUUGCGUCGUCGAUUCUAGUCCACAGCCGACGAGCUUUGAGUGGAUAUUCAAUAGAGAUGGUGACCGUAGCGAGUUGCCACCAAGCUUAUAUAACGUGUCUGGUCACAAAUCAGUACUUCGAUAUAUUCCUACUGAAGAUAAAGACUUUGGAACAUUAUCUUGCCUGGCCACUAAUUCAAUUGGGAGGCAGGAAAUUCCGUGCGUGUAUAGUAUAAUUGCUGCAGGACGACCGUCAUCUUUGAAAAAUUGUAGCAUAGUCAACGAAAGCGUCGAUAGCAUUUUGGUGGAUUGUAUUGAAGGAUUUGACGGAGGAAUAAGUCAAGUGUUCACUAUGGAAGUACUAGAACUACCUUCGUACACUAUGCGAGCGAACAUAACAUCAAAUUCAACACCCAAUUUUGAGGUCACAGGUUUAAACCGAGCUUUAAGUUACGCAGUUAAUCUUUAUGCGAGUAAUCCUAAGGGCCGUAGUGAGAUAGUUACUGUGUAUUCAGUGGCGUUACGCUCUCCGGAUAAGUACACAGGUGUGGGCAGUACUUUCAGCUUAUCUCCGCUAAUAGCAUCGCUCCUCACAGUCAUAGUGUUGCUUAGCGCCGCGACUUGUGCAAUCAUAUUCGCUGUGUACCGCAGACAUUUCUUACAACGGCAUGUUAAACAACCCAUAAACCCGCAUUACUUGAACGACAGUAUAGAAUCAUUGCCAAAAAAUGUUUUGUCAACGUACUCGUCUUCCCCGAAAGUAGACUUCAAUACGCAAUACGAACUGAAGAUCAAUAGCGAAGUGGAAGACGACCCUGAUAUCAUCGCCGUACAUUAUGAUAAGAAGACACUAGACGAUUAUUGUAAGUCCAAGGUUGGAGAAGGUGACACGGCCAAAGUGUUCAAUGACAAUGACACCAGUGUACCGAAUACGGGGAACAUAUCAUUUGUGAACCGAGGUGUAACGGCGCGCGUCUCGGAUCUACGAGUGAGGGAAAGUUGCAUAUAGGAAAAAUACACUUACAUGUAGAUAUUAGAUAGGAAUCAAUCUGGUAUUUUAGGGAUAUAAAUGAAAAAUAUUAAAAUUCGGGCGGGGAAAUUAUGGACUGAUUUAAAAUUUAUGAGGAAACUCAGACAAUUUGUAAUCUCUUGGAUGUUUGGGAAUGUCACAGUGUCGAUAACUCUAUGUAAAAGACUUUAAUGGUUGUGGUGUUUAAACAAAUUGAUUUGCUGUUUGUAAAGAAAGGUAUUUGAAUUAUAACGUGAACUGUUAUUUAUAAUAAUAUUUAUUAGAAAGUUAAACGAAUUCCUCUACGAUAUCAUCGCUCUGAUAUUUGAUACGAAAACGUGUUGUAAGCUUUGAUUUCAUAUUACAAAUACAUGCAGCCCAGAUUCAUAAUACUAUAUUGGUACGACAUAAAUCGACUGAAGCUGUUAAAAAAGUAUAGUGACAGUCUCAAAGAAAAAAAAAUUCAGGACAGCCAAAUAUAACUCACCAUGAUUCAUACUAUUAAUAAAUAUUAAUGACAUCAGCCUUUUAAAAAGCAAAAACAUUACAUAUUUUGUUCUCAUUAGUUUUUAUUUAUAGUAAUUAAUGGAAAUAAUGAAUAAUUUUAUACAUCAAUAUUCUCGUAUAUUUUUAAACAUGAAUCGGAUUUAAAUCAGUUUUAUAAUUACAAAAAUAUUCAUAUUGUUCUCUUAUAUUACUUUAAUUAAAUUCUUUUUGUUGCUGCCAGUAACAUGUUAUAUUUAUUUUAAAACAUUUCGAGAAAAAUAACUAUUGAUUUAAAUUUCAUAGCGUUAACUAAAAUAAUUAAUGAGGUUUGAUAAUUUUGUUUCAUUAAACACCGUUAUAAUUUUUAGUACAAAGAAAAAAAGGUUUUAUUGUCCUUUUGCCAAUACCAACUACUUCUUACAUCACAGAAAUAUAUGGAGGGCUUAAAAUUUUUGUCUUGAAUCAAAAAGUGUACAAGAAACUGUCUUAAGCUUUUACUUUUCUUACGCCUUUUUAAAUAGCAGAAGCAACAGCGACAGCAAGACCCCAACCUAAGUAAGCAAUAUUAACUAGAUACAUUAACAGCUCGGACAUAAUUUCAGCACGCUUAAGAAGAAGCAUUUCUCAGAUUUGAAAAUGCGGUGAAAGUGUAACAGAACAUACUUUAAGUUCUGACGCUUUUGUAGAAAUUUCUGGCUUAGUCUAAAUAUACCCUCAAUUAAAAAAAAUUAUGUGCAUUUCAGUGAGAUAACACAUAUGGGCUUCAUUACAUUUCACGGAUAUUCAAUUUUAAAUUGACCUCAGAACUUAUAAACCUACCCACCUGUCUACUCGUGUUUCACAGUGAUACCUCCAUUAUGAGACUACAGAAUUUAUAAAUUAAAGCAGCUAAGAACGUUAAAGUUUUAUCUUUCUGUCAAUUCUAGGAUAGAGAAUUUAGUUAGGCAUUAAAAUUUAAUACAUAUAAGUGUUGAUAACUCAAUAUAAUGACAAAAACAUAGAAUAAUAUAUCUUUAUGUCGGAAAACACUUUGUCUAGGUCUUUAUGUCGAAAACACUUUGAAAGUUUUUUUUUAACUAUAAAACUAUUGUCGUCUACUCUUCAUUGUGCUACCAAUUUAACUUUAUUUAACAAAGGCAUAACUGUUUUGGAACCAAAUAUAUAUGUUAAAUGCCAUACGUUGGACAAUACAAAUACAGUGAAAGACUUAUGUAAAUUUAUCGGUGAUUAUUUUUUUUUGGUUAUGAUCCUGAAGUUAAUGUAUUAACAUAGAAGUAAUUGCGAUACUUUCUUUUCCAAUGGGAAUGUGAUCCAAAAAUGUGUAUACAUUCUUUUUGAUCAAUAGAAAUAUUUAUCCAACAAAUCAUCUUACAGCUUACACAAAUUCUAACAUAACAGUUACAACAAAUGUAACUUUCUAUUGUUUAUAAUGCAGGGUAUGCUGUUAGAUUGCUCGUCUUUUACUCGGUCAACUCAAUAACAAAUAUGGUUUAACUUUUACAUUUGUUCGACACGAUAGGAUAAAAAUUAUUGAUAUCCCAUUAUUGAGUAAUUUUAAAUAUGUUGUUGGGAAUGUUUGUGAAAACUGUUUAGGCCAAAUGGACUGAAAAUUGUAUAGUGAUAUUUUAAAGAUGAUUGUGAAUGGUCUAUUAUACAUGUAAUAAAGAAUAUGAUUUGUGUUGUC